UGCUACUGGUAUGCUAUUUGCAUCUUUUCUUGGAAGAAACCCUUACUAAGGUCGCAUAGAAAUCCUCCACCCAACGUCAAAGAAGACUCUUUUAUGGGCUCCAGCUCCUCUCCCCUGCACAUUAUGGACGAUGAUGACGAAUUCGAUUGGGCGGCAGCUGUGCAAGAAAUCGAUGUGGCAUGUCAGGCGACUAAUGCCGAAGGCCCCUCCACUUCUAAUUCUGAUUUUAGUUUGAAGCGUGACUCGGGAAAGGUCAUGAAUUCAGUUCAAGAAAUGCAGCAAAAGGGUGAUUUUCGUGCCCACUGCAGUUCGGUUUCUUUAGCUCGGCAAUCCACGUUAGAUAGAUUCAUUGGGGUUGCUCCUGGCAAUUCUAAAAAAUCAGUAGGCAAGGCAGAGUGUUCUUAUCAAGUACGGGGAAACAAUGGUGAUGGUAAUGUGUUUGGUGAUAAUAAUGCUAAUGGUUCUGGGUACGGAGACAUUGAGAUGAUUAAUGGAGUUGUUAGGAUUGAUCCUGAAGCAGCUAAGACUUGGAUUUAUCCAGCAAAUGUUCCCCACCGUGAUUAUCAGUUCUCUAUCACCCGGACUGCACUGUUUUCCAACACUUUAGUUGUACUGCCAACAGGACUAGGGAAGACUCUUAUUGCUGCUGUUGUGAUGUAUAAUUAUUUCCGAUGGUUUCCCGAAGGAAAAAUUGUUUUUGCUGCUCCUUCUCGACCACUUGUCAUGCAACAAAUAGAAGCUUGUCAUAAUAUUGUUGGAAUUCCACAAGAGUGGACCAUUGAUUUAACAGGCCAAACAAGUCCCAGUAAAAGAGCAGAAUUUUGGAAAACCAAACGAGUCUUUUUUGUUACUCCGCAAGUGUUGGAAAGGGAUAUACAUUCUGGCUCAUGUUUGGUGAAGCAUCUGAUAUGCCUGGUGAUUGAUGAGGCACAUCGUGCCAUGGGAAACUAUUCCUAUUGUGUAGCUGUCCGUGAGUUAAUGGAUGCUCCUGUUCAGCUAAGAAUAUUAGCAUUGACUGCAACACCCGGAUGUAAACAACAGACAAUCCAGCACAUAAUUAAUAACCUUCAAAUAUCUACUCUUGAAUACCGAAGCGACAGCGAUCCUGAUGUGCUGCCGCAUGUGCAUGAUAGAAAGAUAGAAAUGAUAGAGGUCCCAAUGGGAAAAGAAGCUGUUGAAAUAAAUAAUUUGCUCUUGGAGGUGGCACAUCCAUUUGUUAGUCGGCUUGGUGCAUUUGGAGUGCUUCAAAAGAGAGAUUUUCAGACGUUUAGCCCAUGUGAUCUUCUUAAUUCAAGGGAUAGAUUUCGCCAAGAACCACCUGUAGGCCUUCCUCAUACAAAAUAUGGAGAAAUUGAAGGUUGUUUUGGAGUUCUUAUAACGCUGUACCAUGUGAGGAAGUUGCUAUCUAGUCAUGGAAUAAGGCCAGCAUAUGAGAUGCUUGAUGAAAAAAUGAAGCAAGGGUCUUUUGCGCGGAUGAUGUGUAGAAAUGAAGUUAUUUUGAAAGCAAAACUUCUAAUGCAACAAACUGUUAAUCAUGGUGCUCCCAGUCCGAAAUUGGCAAAAAUGCUGGAAGUACUGAUAGACCAUUUCAAGGUGAAAGAUCCAAAAACAUCCAGGGUGAUCAUCUUUUCAAAUUUUAGGGGUAGUGUCAGGGACAUACUUAAGGCUCUGGUAAACAUUGGGGACGUAGUUAAAGCUACAGAAUUUAUUGGACAAAGUUCUGGAAAAACCUUAAAGGGACAAUCUCAAAAAGUUCAACAAGCAGUUUUACAGAAAUUUCGCACAGGCGGGUACAAUGUCAUUGUUGCAACAUCAAUUGGUGAAGAAGGUCUGGAUAUCAUGGAAGUUGACCUUGUCAUAUGCUUUGAUGCUAAUGUUUCGCCUUUGAGAAUGAUUCAGCGCAUGGGAAGGACCGGAAGAAAACAUGAAGGACGAGUUGUAGUUUUAGCAUGUGAAGGAUCAGAGUUGAAGGGUUAUAUGCGAAAGCAAGCCAAUAGCAAGUCUAUCAAGAAACAUAUGAGAAACAAUGGACUGAAUAGCUUUGAUUUCCAUCCUAGUCCAAGGAUGGUUCCCCAUGUUUUCAAACCAGAAGUACAGCUUCUUGAGAUGUCGAUUGAAGAAUUUGUUCCGCGGGGAAAGAAAAUGAAAGAUGAUAACGCUGUCCCAGUUCCUGCAUACAAGACCCGUUUAACUGAUGCUGAGACAGAAUUACUAGCCAAGUAUUUUUCCUCCGCUGAAGAAACUACUUGGAGACCGUCUCUUAUUGCCUUUCCUCACUUCCAGGCUUUCCCAUCUCCAGUAAACAAAGUGAUACAUUCUUCUAGAACCAGGAUGCUCAUAGAUAUGAUGCAAUCGUUGCAAGGGUUGACAUUUUCUAAUGACAGCAAAAUCCUCUCGGAGGAGGAAGAAGAUACUUUAAAUGAUUGCUUGAGAUUUGAAGUAGUGAAGCCUCAUGACAAAGUAAUAGAAGACAAGUUCAGUGAUCCAACUGGAGAGAAUUUGAAUACUGAAAUGGUGGAAGCUCAUACAGACGUUGAGGACAUUGCUGAAGUGGUGCAAACUGAAGACACACACAAACAAGGACCUUGCAGACAUAGUCUCUUGUUUGGUUCAGAAUUUGUAUCAGUUGAUGAUGAUGGUAACGUCCUGAUUAUGUCAUUACCAAAGCUGUCUCUGGAAUCUGACUCCCAUGUCGAAAGCAGCAUUAUACCUCCUCCAUACUAUUUGAUUGAUGAUCCUGAAGAUAACAAAGAGAAUAUUUUGCAAGUAAACCAUAGUUCUACGCAUCUAAGAUCCCCACAAUGUGAGAAGUUGCUUCAAUCCAGUCCUUGCAGACUUGGAGUUGCUCUGAAAUGGAAAAAGUCUGAGGCAGAUGAAAUUCUUCCCACCCAAAUUUCCAGCAGAAUACUAAAGGAAGUGGACACCUGUGAUGAGAAUCAUAAUGAUGUGCGUGCUACUACAGUCAUACCAUUGCCAGAUUCACCAUUGCCAGAUGAAUCGUGCAAUGAUCUUAGUCCAAGGCUGACUAACUUCAUCAAAAGUGGAGUUGUUCCAGAAUCUCCUGUAAAUGCUUUUGCAACAUCUAAUGGUGACAGAAGCAACUUCACAAGUUCUGCUCUUAUUUCCUCCCCAAAUCUGGGAGUUGAAUCCCUCCACUCUUGGGAACAUGAUGAGAAGGCAGUUCAAGAUGGUGCUUUGUGUAAAAUGGACGAUCUAUGUUUGAAUGAUAACAACAUUCCACCUAUGCGAACAUCUGCAUCACCUGUUGCAAUUGAUGAAGAAGUGGAAACCCCUAUGCCCAAACCAACAGAAACAAACAGCAGCAAAGACUUACUUUUUGAUUCUGGAGUAAAGGCAGGAACAGUUGAGCAGCGAUGCAAGCUCAAAAGGCUACGCAAGCAUGCAGACCUCCACAAGAUACCGAAGCUUAAGGAACAAACUGAUCUUUGUGGAAAACAAAGAAAUUUUAAAGGAACUGCUUGUGCCUCAACAACGAACCUUCAUAAAGGUGGCAGGAAGCAAGCAAAAAGUAUCGCUGCUUUUAUUGAAGAGGAAGCAGAGAUAUCAUCAGAAGCUGUGGCAUCUGACGAUGAGGAAGAUGAUGAGGAAGGAAGUUCGUAUGAGGAUAGCUUCAUAGAUGAUGGUGCGAAUACUACAUCAGCUGCUACACCAGCUGGUGAUGGUGGUACCGACAUGAUGGCUAUAUACAGGCGAUCAUUGCUGAGCCAAUCACCAUUCCAAAGAUUGCCGGACUUCGCCAAAAACUUCAGCCCUGACUCUGUGGCUCAAAGCAGCAGGAUGGAUGAAGACAGCGGGCGUGCAUCAGGAACUCAACAUGAUCAUACUCCUCAACCUGGCCUGGAGUCGACUGCAAAGAGCUCUCAACAUGCAGGCCAUGGCAGUCUUACAGGAAUAGGCGAGAGUAAGCUGGAGAGCCGCAAAAGAAAAUUGGGAUAUUACCAAGCUCAAUCUGUACCUGCAGUAAAUUUAGACCAGAUGUUCUCAUUACUACAUCAGGAAGACGUUGCAAAUUCUACUGUUGAAACGAAUGCAGGGAGGAUGGAGGAAAACAGGGCCAUAUUCGAUGACGACGAAUUUUACCAAGGAAUUGAUCUUGAUGCCGUGGAAGAGGAAGCUGCCAGACUACUCAGAUACAAAUCAGAAUGUUCAACACAGAAAACAGCAACAGUGUCUGAACCUGUUCAACAAGAUGUUGGAUUUAUGGAUUCUCCCUCCUUUGAUCUUGGGAUUUGAGUUUCUCUUUAGUGGUACAUAAGUUAACAGGAUCAAAAUAUCAUGAAGUAAAUGCAAUUGUAUUUAUCACAGAAAGAUGAAAAUAAAAAAGAACAUUUGAUUCAGGCAAUGUGAUUAGGAGAGGAUGUAAAUCUAUAAUCCAUACCUUUUAAGCAUGCAUACAGAGCAAUAGUAUCAUAUAGUUUA